CUUUGGUUCCGAAAUAAAAAAAAAUUCUAUUUAUCAUCCAAUUCCUAGAGAUUACUUCCUUAGCCCCAACCCUCAAUUGCUAAAUCCAGAAGAUUGAGUGUUUGAAUUCCAAUUCCUAGUUUCUGUUUUCAAUUUUGGAUUCCGUAUUUGUUUUUCAAUGGCGACGAGGAAUCGUACCGUGAUUUACAGAAAGCACAGAGACGCCGUGAAGAGCGUGCGAGCUCCGUUGUCUUCUUCGGCGUCCGGUUCGGGCGGUCCAGUUAUCGAAAUGGCUUCCCUUCUUAAUUCUAAUCGGUCUUCUUACGCUCCUCUUAGUACUGAAGAUCCCGGUCCUUCAAGUAGGGAUGCAUUUACUGUGGGUCUACCGCCAGCUUGGGUGGAUGAUUCUGAAGAAGUGGCUGCAAAUAUACAACGUGCCCGGGUCAAAAUGGCUGAGUUAACCAAGGCUCAUGCCAAGGCUUUAAUGCCCUCAUUUGGAGAUGGAAAAGAAGAUCAACGUUUGAUUGAGGCUCUUACUCUAGAGAUUACAGACAUAUUGAGGAGGUCUGGAAAGAGAUUGCAGAAACUUUCUUCCAGUGGGUCUGCUGAGGACUCAAAUGUUAGGAAAAAUGUACAGCGUUCUCUUGCAACAGACCUUCAGAACCUUUCCAUGGACCUGCGAAGAAAACAGUCAACAUAUUUGAAACGUUUGCAGAAGCAGAAAGAGGGACCUGAGGGGGUUGAUUUGGAAAUGAACUUCAGUGGAAAUAAAUCCAGAUUAGAAGACGACGAAUUUGAUGACAUGAGUUUGAAUGAGCACCAAAUGCAUAAGCUGAAAAAGAGUGAGCAAUUCACAGUCGAAAGAGAAAGAGAGAUCAACCAGGUUAUGCAAUCAGUGAACGAGCUUGCUCAAAUCAUGAAGGACCUUUCAGUUCUUGUGAUAGAUCAGGGCACAAUUGUUGAUCGGAUAGACUACAAUAUUCAGACUGUUGCUGUAUCGGUUGAGGAGGGUCUCAAACAGCUCCAGAAGGCAGAAAGAACGCAGAAGAAAGGUGGAAUGGUGAGAUGUGCAACGGUGCUUGUUAUCAUGUGCUUUGUCUUGCUAGUCCUCCUCAUACUCAAGGAAAUACUCUUGUGAUGAUGAUGAUGAUGAUGAUGAUCUCUCCCGCCACAUACAAUGUUCUGUCACGUGUUGAUAAGAGGGGGAAAAGACAUGUAAACUGAUUGCGAAGCUUGUGAAACAGCCAGAGUUACCUAUCCUGAAUCUCUUUGAUUGUGAGAGAGAAAUUCGAACAGAUCGGAGCUUACUAACUUGUACACUGAGAAGUGGGUUGUGAGAGGGAGCUGAAUUACACUUUCCAGAAGGCCUCUGGAAUACAAAUGUCGGGUGUAAAACUCCCCUCGUGAGGACAUCUCUGUGCCAAAUUCUUGAUGCAAAGAUUUCAAAUGAAUGAAAAGGCGAAAAAGCAUAUUCAAAUUGCCUUCGGAAACA